CGCAGUAUCUCCGCCGCCAUCAGUAAGACGGGCGCCGCUCCUAUGCAGCGCGUCAAGCUCCUCAUCCAGAAUCAGGACGAGUUGCUCCGCUUUGGUCGUCUCACCAAGCCCUACACCAGCGUUCACGAGUGUCUCAAGCGUGUCAUCACUGAGGAGGGUACUGCCUCCCUCUGGCGUGGCAACACCGUGUAUAUUAUCCGUUACUUUACAGCCCAGGCCCUAAACUUUGCUUUCCGCGAUACCUUCAAAGCUAUGUUCGCCUUUGAGAAGGAGCGUGACGGCUACUGGUUGUGGAUGGUCGGCAAUCUCGCCUCUGGUGCUGCUGCUGCUGCCACUUCUCUCAUCUUCGUCUACCCUCUUGACUACAUCCGUACCCGUCUUGCCAACGACGUUAAGGACGCCAGUAGCAGCGAGCGUCAAUUCAAGGGCCUUGUGGAUGUCUUUGAGAAGACCCUCACGUCUGAUGGUAUUGCUGGUUUCUACCGUGGCUUUUUGCCCUCCAUUAUUGGUAUUAUUGUCUACCGUGGUCUCUGGUUCGGCAUAUACGACUCCAUCAAGCCCCUUGUCCCUACCGGUGCUCUCGAGGGCAAUUUUCUUGCCUCUUUCCUCUUUAGCUGGACCGUCACUACUACUGUCACUCUCGCCUCUUACCCGCUUAGCACUAUCCGUUGUCGUAUGAUGAUGAGAACUGGUGAGGCCGUUAAGUACGAUUCUUUCAUCGAUGCUGGUAGCCAGAUCCUUGCUAAGGAGGGCGUUAAAUCUCUCUGGAAGGGUGCUAGCGUUGACAUCCUUUGUGGUAUUAGUAGUGCCAUUGCCUUAGCUAUCUACAACCUGGCCCAGUUCCUUAUAUUCGGCUAUAUCUUCUAG